AUGAACAUUGUGGCCGUAACGUCAAAUGUUGACUUUACAACAUCUUCAAAUCCAUCUGGAUCAUCAUCAUCAGAUUCUAGAACAACUUCAGACGCUUUCAGUGGUUUCACAAAUCGUCCGAUAUCAAGUAGCACUCAUAAAAAACAUCAAUCUAGCACGGCCAGUAGAAACAGUCCCAUCAUGAGAUCAUUAAUUACAUCUACCUCGGCCUUAAAAUCUACACAAUCAACCGUAUCGUCAAGUACAUCGACUACUACAUCAUCGGUUUCUGAAUCAACCACUACUGACUGGCAAGAUGCGGGCGAUGAGUUGAACACGACGAUGGAUACUAGUACUUCGUUUUAUGAAUAUUACGAGUGUGGCUUUUUGUGUUUUAUGGAUUAUUUUGAUAAUGAUGACGAUGAUGAUGAUGACAACGAUGAUGUUGACAGUAAUCUUGAUGAAAAUGAGAACGCUCUUAGAGCGGACCCACGUGACGUAUGGGAGGAAGUGACUAGAACAUUUAAGACUAAAUUCAGGAAUGAAUCUGUAGAUCAACGUAAAGAGAUGGGACAUCAGAAACUUGAUUUUAUAUCACGAGCUUCAUUUGCCGGAAGACAUCAAAACGUUACGACAUCUUUCACCGAGUUUACAUCUGCUGAUUAUGGCAACUGUUUUACGAUGGACUCACCAAAAUACACAGCCUGGAGGAGUGGUCCAAGUCACGGUAUCAAAUUAAGACUCAAUCUUGAAGUAGGUGAAUACAUUCAAAACUUUGCUUCCGGUUAUGGUGUUCGUAUGGUGUUCCAUGAGCCGGGAACCUUUCCAAUGCCGGCAGAGGAAGGUCUCACACUGAGUCCAGGCUUCGAAACAAUGAUUGGCCUUCGAGUAGUGAACAUUUCGAGACUAGGUCGGCCUUAUAAAGAUUGUACAGAUGGUGUCAGUUUCAAGAAACGUUACAAUGUUUCAUACAGUAUUGCUUCGUGCAUGGAGUUUUGUCGUGUUGAAAUGACGAUAGAUGAGUGUAAUUGUAUACCAUUUGAUGCACCGGAUCUCCACUUCAGUCAAGAAAUGCUACAUGUUUGUGACAAUCAAAAUAAAACUGAAGAUACCUGCGCGGAAAAUGUUAACUUCAACUUUCAGUCUGGGACGUCAGUAUGUGAUUGUAUCAGCCCAUGCAGGGAAACAGUUUAUGAAAAGACAAUAUCGGGAAGACGUUGGCCAAAUGAGGACUACCUAGAGAAGGUGCUAAUGGAAGACGUCUGCAGACGACAGAUGCCGUCAAUGGAGGAAGCCUGUCUUCAGUUAAAGAAUAAGACUUUUGAUUAUGAAAAAUACAGUUAUAAUUUUAUUCGGGCACGUAUAUAUUUUGAGGAGCUGAACUACCAGCAAAUAACUGAGAUAGAGGCAUACAAGCCAGUGCGAUUUGUAUCGGAUAUAGGUGGCGCUAUGGGAUUAUUUCUUGGCGCGUCUCUACUCAGCGUUCUUGAAAUCUUUCAAAUGAUCAUGGAGGUAGUGAUUCAUAUCAGACGACCUAAACAAACAUAUAAUUCCGAGCCAAUCAAAACUUCUGUCACUACAGUAACUCCCCAUAAUCAAUACAAUGACACCUUCAGUCCUGUUUAAGAACAUUUAAAUUAGUUAUGUUUAUAAACCAUCAUCAUUAUCUUUGAAGACACAUGAAUCAGCUAUCGUGACAAUGUGAAUCCGUAAGAUUAGUGUAGCAAUUUUUUCAAUCUGGAACAGCUAGCACCGUUUUUUUCUUUAUUUUUCUCUUGCACUUAAUUGACCAUAUCUACAAUGCUCUCUGAUAACUGUUAAUUAAUUUGCUCGGAGGAAUUGCAUGAAUACAGAAGUUGUCUCGUUUUAGAGGUAGCACUGAUUCUUUUGCAUGCUUGGAGUAGAGCACCAAUAUAAAUGCCUUGGUAUUAAAAUCUUAUU